AUGCGUUUGGCAUUCACAAAUUUGAUUGUGAAGAGAAGAAAGGUGGAUCGGCGACAUGGAAAGCGCCCACUUCCGUGGGAAGCACCGGCGGAGGAAGAAGAAAGAGAUCAAAAUGAUUUGGGUUCUUCUAAUUUGUCUCAGAAUCAAGAAAGUGGGAGGAAGCGGCAUUAUAGAGGCGUAAGACAAAGGCCAUGGGGAAAAUGGGCAGCGGAGAUUCGUGACCCCAACAAAGCGGCUAGAGUUUGGCUUGGCACCUUCGACACUGCCGAGGCUGCUGCCAUUGCCUAUGACAACGCCGCUCUGAGGUUUAAAGGCAACAAGGCCAAGCUUAAUUUUCCUGAACGCCUUCAACCCAACCCUCCUCACUUUGCCUUUCUCCCCGCCGGUGGGGCUGGUGCUUCUUCCGCUCCUCUAGCCCCGACCCCGCCAGCCCCUUCACUUCCUCCGUCGCACGAAGAAGCCUUCCCCGGACUUCACCAGUACGCCCAACUCCUCUCCAGCACGGACGCCGACUUCCCUUAUUACUCCUCCACUCUUCUCAACCAACCCCACCAAUACCCUUUUUAUUCUUCUUCUUCCUCGUCCCAACACCAAGAACAAGAACAAGAUCAAGAUCAAGAUCUCGGCCCCGGUGGCUCAACCAAUCAAACCAAUGUUGAUUGUUAGUUGACAUUUAUAUGAGUUUUUGUACUCACAACUACUACCACGUAUGAGAUUUUAUAUAUAUAUCCAUCCCCUAUUUUCAUGA